AUGAGUGAUGAUUUUGACAAUCUGAUAGAUGAUGUACCCAUGCCUCCUAACAAUGUUCCUGACCGGAAUGAACCUCCUGAUGAUUUUGCUGAUCAGAAUGAGCCUCCCACCCCCGAUAAUAUACCUCCUGAUGAUUUCACUGAUCGGAACGGAAAACAAUGUGUUUUCAAGGUAUACCCCACCUGUUUUGCAUCGAUUUCCCUGUAUUUCGAGCUGUUUUCAUACCAAUUGUGUUCCACUACCAAGCAAUCAAAGCAUAUUCUGGGAGGACAGCACGAGUGUAUGUGA